UUGAAUAAAAUCUCAGAUAUAGUUAUAAUUAUGAAAAGAAAUAUUCUUACAAGCUUUGGUUGAUUAUUUAUUGUUUUGAUUACACUCGGAAGCACUGAGGCUCAGAACAGCCAAUGCUUCUCUGAAGUCCUUGCAAGCCCAGAAUUGCUACUUCCGAUGAUCAUGGCUACAGGGAAAGGUCUCAAUGAUAUGGGUGAUUUUGAUGCUUGUAGUCUAAACCCAGGUACUGAAUAUGCCCUAAUUUAUAUCCCAGGACAGCCUUUCUUCCUGGGAACAUGAAUGCCUGCCUCAUGCAACAGGCAAGAUCUCCAGAUUCUGGCUGAUGGGAUGUCGUUCCUUAUCCACCAAAUAGGAAUGCCUCCUUCAGUUGUUGGGGACGUUCAUAUUCCAAACAAAGAUCCUAUCACAGUCUCUGGCUGGCAAAUCGUCGGGUUUAUAGGAUUCGGAUUUAUUGCUAUUUUAUUGAUAUUAGGACUACUGGUAGAAUACACCCCAUUGAUGGGACAAGUCCAAGAGACAGAUGAACUCCUCUCUGAAGCCAAAAAGGAUAAGAUGCUGGUUGCUUCGAAGUCUAUGCUUGGAAAAUCCUUGUUAGCAUUUUCUCCAUCAAGGAAUCUCAAAAAGAUGUUUUACACUCCUCAAAUAGAUGAUGACUGUUUGACAGUAUUGAAUGGGAUUAGAGUUAUUAGUCUCUACUUCGUUAUUUUAGGACACACUAAUACAUUGAUGAUGAUGGGUGGGAUCACAAACCUUCUAUCCGCUCAAUCUCUAGUCAGCUCUUGGUGGAUCAUUUUAAUAUGUAUCGGAUUUUACUCAGUUGAUGUUUUCUUUUUCAUUUCUGCGUUCUUGGCCACAUACCUUAUGAUUAGCAAAUUUCAUGGAAAGAGGUUGUUCAACAUCCCAAUGGUGUACCUACACAGGCUGAUCAGAGUACUUCCAACUGUGCUUUUGGUGUUUGCUAUGUACUUCACAUUCUUGCCAUUCAUAGGGUCAGGACCUAUAUGGAAGCCAUCUAUCGAAAGCGAUAUGAAUAAUUGUAAGUUGAGUUGGUGGCCCAAUGUCAUCUUCAUUUCUUCAUGGUAUACUAGAGCUGAAUGCUUCGGGCACCUCUGGUAUCUAUCUAAUGACAUGACUUUCUUCUUAUUUGUUCCUUUGGUUGUUCUUGCAUACCUGAACUCCAAGUUUAUAGGCUACUUACUUGUCAUUUUCCUGAACAUUUUCGGUAUAGUUCUUCCUUUUAUAUUUUCUCACAUCAGAGGGCACACGAUCACCAUGCUUAAAGACCAAGACGUUGACUCUAACAUCGAGUUGAACCAACACCCAUACAACAGGAGUGGUUCCUACUCUGUCGGAAUGCUAUUCGGGUUGUUAUACUUUGAGUGGGCUAAAUCCAAGACAGAUCCUACCUAUCAGCAUUCUAUCGGUACUAGGUUUUAUAACCUAUUCAGUAACAGCUCAAUUUUGUGCUUCCUCUCAUUUGUGUUAUCCUCUUGCGCGAUUCUCUUCUUUAUUAUGUUCCCAGCUGUUGAACUGCUCCAUCCAGGUCCCAGAAGAAUCAGCCAGAUACCUAGUGAUUUUUUCAAUGCAUUUCACAGAUCAAUUUUCGCGACUGCUCUUGGAUUGUUUCUGGCUCCAAUCUUUGUCGGAAAACUCUCUUUAAUCAAGGAUAUAUUUGGAGGAAAAUUAUGGGCUCCUUGGGCAAAAGUUUCUUUCGUAUCAUACCUCAUUCACAUCCACGUCAUGGCUUCCUUCUACUUGCAAUCAAAAGGCUCAUUAUAUUUCGAUGGUCCAUCCCAGAUCUUCUACUCACUUGCUGCCCUCCUAAUUGUACUCCUCGUAAGCGUCCCUGUUGCUCUCAUCAUCGAGUCUCCAGUCCUCCAGCUUGAAAGACUAGUGUUAUUCCCUCCAAAGCAGAGCCCACCCCCUCUCCAGCAAGAAGUCCUGCUCAAGAAGCAAACUAAAAUCAACAAGUCAGAUUCCUCUCAGGAUUCCAAUGAUGCCUAAAAUUUUGUGCGUAAAACCUUAUUCUCAACCGACAA